AUGCCACAGUCGCCAAACUUUCCGCCCGCCGCGACCACGACUGGCACCGGGUCCAGCACCACUACUGGGCCUCCUACCACUGGCACUACCGCCGCUCGUAGGCUGUCCGCGGCGGACAGUGUCGCCAGCAGUGGAGGUGCAUACAAACGAUCAUCCCUGCCACCCGGCUUCCGUCCUCUCGGACACCAUCUCUACCAUCAGCCAGGACAGUACCAUGCCUCUCCGCUGCAGCGCACGCUGACGCCACCACCUCCAGACUCGCUGGGACCCAAUGAUCCCGAGCCAUUUCCCUCGGUCGAGUCAUUGGAGAGCGCGGGCUCCGGCCAGAAUUUCCACAUUUCUGGAUCAGGGCUCCCCACGUCCGCCUCGUCGAACGAGAACACUAGUCCGCUGCAGCACUACUCACACCCGUACCAGCACUCCCAGUCGUCCUCGUUUGGCAGCAAAUCGGAUGUGCUGGAGAUCCACUGUGCCUCGUGCGGUCGGCCAUGGCUGCUCAAGAACGCCUUUGCCUGCACCGAGUGUAUCUGUGGCGUCUGCAGCGACUGUGUUGGACAGAUCAUCAGCAGCCCAGUGGUCACCGUCCAACCAGGACUCGCCCCGAUGCGCCGCGGCUGCCCCCGCUGCGGAGUCAUGGGCGGGAAGUGGAAGCGAUUCCAGCUCGAUUUUCGAUAA